CAGUCUCAACCUUAUGUUCAAUGGAACAACAUCUAAGCGUUAAGUUUCGAUAGUAAUCGUUGUAAAUUUCUUUUUUAGUCGUUUUUAACUAUUUUGACAACAAAAUUUGUAGUUAUUUUUUUUUAUAUGAUUUGUGUUAAGUUUGGCUUUCAAAAUUAUGGCUAGCCUCGUGAGGUCGAAGGGUUAUUCUUUUAUGUUUUCGAGGUCCCCGGAAGCGUGCAACAUGAUCGGUUCGAUGGUGCAACCGUUGUGCAAUAUGUUGUACCACACAAAUCCGAAGCCCUGCCCCCGGAUGCCGGUGAGCAAGGACCUCAUACCUCGGCAGCCGCCAGGUAGGUCGAAGGUCGAAACAACCCGCUGGCAGGAGACGAACCGCAUGGACUACAGGUGGCACUCGGAACACAGGAGGCCGGCGUUCAAUGACACUGGCACAAUGAGCCAGAGGGAUUCGUCUGCCAAUGUGGCACGGGGUUUGGACUAUUUUCACUACAAACCCCAAAAGUUAUCCGAAAGGACGUAUUCGCGCACCUGGAACGAGUUCCCAUCACAGCCAAACCCUCCUCGGCACCGACGUACGGAAAACAACAAUAAGCUGGACCUCGGUCUCUUCGACCCUGAAGAGUUUUUGGGUAGAAAAACAGCCAACAACCCAAGUUCGCAGUCAAAGAUGCCAAACACUCCACCUAAGAAGUCUAUUGUUCCACCUAUACCGAAGCACCCCAUUAGAUCUGGCUCCUGCGAAAGGCCGAAGGCCAAAUAUCCCAGCUUCUCCGAGUUUUGCCGCAACCCAUUUCCGAAACCCCCGCCCCUGGAGACCACCUGCCUCAAGCCGUCCAUCUGCGAUUCGUGGUGCAACUUCAACUACGGUUACAUACCCAAAAUUGUCCGAAAUUAAGGUUGUUGCAAAGGGUUACAAAACUUGGAAAAUCGCCACUGCCUUGCUCAUAUUGCAUUCCAACCCACCAAAUUGUGGUGUCAAGGAGACAACAUAGUUUUGAUACCUUUUUCUUUUCCCUUUAAAUAUAAAAAUCACAAAGAAAACA